AUGAAUAGCGUUUGUCUUCUAUUAUUUUCUCUCUUCACUCUGAUCAGUGUCGUUCAACUUGCUGAUCCAAAUUGUAAAGGUAAACCUAAUACAAAUGCAAUUGUACGCAGUGCACCUGUUCUUGUGAGUUCGAUAUCGAACGGAAAACGUUUCAUUGUUGGAUCCGGCUACGACAAGAUCCAUAUAGUGCAUCUUUAUGGCGGUACACCUUAUGAUAUGGGUUAUGCAUACGGCAAAUUGAUGAGCAAAGAAAUACAAGCACUUAUUCCGGAAUAUUAUGAAUAUCUCGAUAAAACAAUUGAAGAUGCUUUGAAAAAGCUUCCACCUUUUGUUGCAAAAUGGAUUGCAGAAUUAGGUUUACCCGGUGCUCUUGAUCUCACAUAUGAACUUACACGUUUUUAUACUCCACCAUGGUAUGAUGAAGAAUUGCGCGGUUUAGCGGCUGGCAGUGGUAUUUCGUAUGAGAAUCUUCGACGAAUGAAUUUGCUUCCAGAAUUGAUCAAAGCGGCAUGUACUGUUUUGGGUGCUUGGGGUGAAUCGACUAUUUCAUCAACUCUACUCCAUUUAAGAGCACUUGAUUGGGAUGAUAAAGCACCUAUUGCUAAAUAUGCAACAGUCGUUGUUUAUCAUCCAAAUGCCUCUUAUGAAGGUUACGCACAAAAUUUUCAUAAAUAUUACAAACAGGAAAAUUACAAAUCUCAUGCAUUUGCUAAUUUUGGUUAUCUCGGUCUCAUCGGAUCACUUAGUGCUUACAGCGAAGCGUCUAUCGGCUUAGGUGAGAAAGUCUGGAUCACUAAAGAAACUGAUAUUACUACACGUUUCGGAAAUCCAUGGACCUAUGUUCUUCGUGAUGUCGUUCAAUUCGCUGAUUCUAUUGAUACAGCUUUAACCAUGAUUGCCAACGCUCACCGAACUUGUUCCAUUCAUCUUGGUCUCGGUGCUUAUGAACGUAAUGUAACUUUCCAUGGUGAUCAAAAUGUUGGAUUCCGUGGUAUUGAAUAUAGUGCGAAAGAAUUGAAUAUUUUCAAUUGGCAAGAUAUGUACAAUACGCCUAAUCAUCCAAUUUUGAAAGAUGUCGUCUACUGGGACAAACAUGUUCAACCAUCAAAUGAUCCAUGUUUAGGUAGUUUGCUAGUUGGUCAAUAUGGUCAUCUUAAUGCUGCAAAUAUUAUCCAAAAUAUCACCAGUCUUUCGGAAACUGGUGAUGCGCUCAAUUUAAUUAUGGAUUACGCUGAAAAUGCUGCUUAUAUCGCCUAUAGUGCACCUGAUGAUCCGCAAGGACCUUUGGAAGCUUUCAAUCGUGCUCAUACAAGACUUGACAUGGCACAAUUAUUUGCUGAACCUUCACCGAAAUAG